UUUUAAUUAAUUAAAGUCUUUUUUCUUUAAAUGUCGUAAACGACUACUUCUCUUUGGUAUUCUGACAUAAUAUAUCACCUCUACGUAAAAACGUUUAGUUUCUAGUUGAAUUUUCCACUCCUACCAAAUACGCUUUUUGAACGGUCCAGUAUUAAAAGGUUGGAUUAACCUUUUUUUUUCUUUUGAUUUUUUUUUUUUUCAAAAUCAUUUCUCUAUCAUUUUUUUUGUUUUUGCUUUUCUUUACUCUCUUCGUCGCCCAGAAAAGAUUUCGUUUUUAACAUGGCAAUUGGUAAAACCUCCAGCAACUCUUCCGUCCUUCGCUGGGGAUUCCUUGGUACUGGCAAUAUCGCUGUUGCCUUUGCAAAUGACUUGGUAAGAGCUCCUCAACAUCACAAGCAUCAGCAUGAAAUUGUUGCAGUAGCUACUCGAAACAGCGUAGAAAGGGCCGCUGCUUUUGCUGAAGGCUACAAGAACGGCAAUUCUUCUCCCAAAGCGUAUGGUUCUUACGAAGAAUUGGUUCAGGAUAUCAAUGUGGAUAUUGUUUACAUUUCCAAUCACCAUCCUCAGCAUUUUGAUACUGUCAAGAUAGCUUUACAUGCUGGAAAAGGUGUCUUGUGUGAGAAACCUUUUACGAUGAACUAUCCAGAAUCUUUAGAGUUGGUAGAGUUAGCCCGCGAGAAAAAGGUAUUCUUUGCCGAAGGUUUCUGGAUCCGCUUUUUCCCUAUCGUGAAAAAGGCACAGCAAUUAUUACAUGAACAGCGCGUUUGUGGAAAAAAUCUUCGACUCUUUAUUGAUUUUUGUCAACAAUCUCACUUCCGCGAACUUUCCAAGGAUUCUAGAAUGCUCAAUGUCUCUUUAGGUGCGGGUGUGCUUCUUGACAUGGGCGUAUACCCUUUGACCUGGGCUCAGGUCCUUUUGUCUGAUGAUCCUCUAAACAAAAAGGAUGAUCCUACAGUCGCCUCUAACGCACUCACGUUUACUGAUCCUAAUGGUGAUGUCGCCGAUUAUUCCACUGCCGUUACCCUGGUAUAUCCAAGGUCUCAAGCUAUCGCGGUUUUAUGUACUUCAAUGGACCGUGAUCCUGUAACCCAAGACUUUCUGCGCAUAGACGGUGAUAGUGGUGUUCAAAUGAUUAUUUCUGGUAAAUGUUUCCGCCCUCAAACAUUAACGCUGAAAAAGCCAGAUGGAAAAUCAGAGACUAUGGAUUUCUCCUUCGAUGCCACGGGAUUUUUUUACGAACAAGACGCCGUUUAUGAAUAUGUUAUGAAUAACCUUACUGAGGCUUCUGAAAUUCCUCACGCAGAGACUCUUCGAAUGAUGCGUCUAACGGACCAAAUCCGUCAUCAAUUAAAGAUUUCUUACCCUGCUGACGUUCGAUUUACCACCAACUAAUGCAUGACAAUUGAUACCAAUUCCAACUAUCGCGUUGAUUUAAAGGAACCUAUCAUAUAUGUUAUGAAAAAAUCUUUUUAGAUAUUUAAUGAAUUGCUUUUUUUAAUAAGUUUACUUUCAAAGCAUUACUAAACUGAUCCUCCACCUAUUUGUAAAUAGUGAAUAAUCA